AUCAACAACAGAGUCGGUCUGUGGAGCUAACGCUGCUGAGGGACACAGAGCCCGAGUGUUGUUUUGAAUUUGCUAGAAGAAACCGACUGGAAGAGGGGGGCCAGGGCCUGUGGAAAAAGAUGGCGGAUGUAGACGGAGAUGAUGAAACUCGGAGCACUCUACCUUCAGCAUCCCGUAACGGUCCUGUGGUCGGUUCUGGCACCGCGGGUCAGAUCGCAGCUUUGGUAACGUCAGGUCCGCGGACCGUGAGGAUCGUUAAGUCGGAGUCGGGCUACGGGUUCAAUGUUCGCGGUCAAGUCAGCGAAGGAGGACAGCUUCGGAGCAUCAACGGGGAACUGUACGCUCCUCUUCAGCAUGUCAGCGCUGUGUUACCCGGAGGAGCGGCAGACCGAGCCGGGAUAUCAAAGGGUGACCGGAUACUGGAGGUUAAUGGGGUGAGUGUGGAAGGUGCCACCCAUAAGCAGGUGGUGGACCUGAUCCGUGCUGGGGAGAAGGAGCUCGUUCUGGCUGUGCUGUCUGUUCCAGCUCUGGAGGCUGACGGAUUGGAAGGCGGGGAGGAUGUCCAACCAAACUACGACUACAGCGACAAGCAGGCAGUACCCAUUUCCAUCCCCACAUACAAACAUGUAGAGCAGCACUCCGAGAGGUUUGUGGUGUACAAUGUGUACAUGUCAGGCAGACAGCUGUGCUCAAAGCGCUACAGAGAGUUCUCAAUCCUUCAGCAGAACCUAAAGAGGGAGUUUUCAAACUUCAACUUCCCAAAACUUCCCGGUAAAUGGCCCUUCUCCCUGUCUGAGCAACAGCUGGACGCUCGUCGUAGAGGUCUGGAGGAAUAUCUGGAGCGAGUCUGCUCUGUGCGGGUGAUCGGGGAGAGUGACAUCAUGCAGGAGUUUCUCUCUGAAUCGGAUGAGAACUACAACGGAGUGACCGAUGUAGAACUGCGGAUAGCCCUGCCAGACAAGACCACCAUCUCUGUCAGAGUCCGCAAGAACGGCACCACAGACCAGGUGUACCAGGCAUUAGUGUUGAAGGUUGGAAUGGACAGUAUUAUGGCGAGCUACUUUGCCCUUUUUGAAGUCAUCAACCACUCCUUCGUACGGAAGCUGGCACCAAACGAGUUUCCCCACAAGCUUUAUGUGCAGAAUUACACGUCGGCAGUGCCGGGGACUUGCCUGGCGCUCCGCAAAUGGCUGUUCAGCUUCCAGGAGGAGGAGUUGCUAAGAGACAACCCGCUGGCACUGCACUACUGCUUUCACCAGGCGUUGGAAGAUGUGAAGAAGGGAUUCAUAAAAACGGAGGACAAAUCCUACCAGCUGCAGAAGCUGGCAGAGCAGCGCAAGAUGGCCACGUACCUGAGUCUGUUGCGGACAUGUGAGGGCUACAAUGAGGUGGCGUUCCCCCACUGCUCCUGUGACUCCAGGAGGAAGGGACACGUUAUCACAGCCAUCAGCAUCCAUCACUUCAAGCUGCACGCUUGUACUGAGGACGGCACGCUCGAGAACCAGGUGAUCGCUUUCGAGUGGGGGGAGAUGCAGCGCUGGGACACAGACGAGGAGGGGAUGGCUUUCUGUUUUGAGUAUGCAAGAGGAGAAAAGAAACCUCGCUGGGUCAAGAUCUUCACUCCAUACUUUAACUACAUGCAUGAGUGCUUUGAGCGGGUCUUUUGUGAGCUGAAGUGGAGGAAACAGGUUGAGGAAGAGGCAUCUGACAAAGACAACAAAAACUGCAGCAACAAUGAGUAUCUGCCCCCUCUGGAGACACAGCAGAAGGGGUGGCGCCACCUAGGAGGAGAGAUCGCAACUUCCUAAAAAAAGCAUUUCUCACCAUUCAAACUAGAACUGGUCCACUUGCAUUAUCACAGCCACCCCCAGAGAGCGCCCAUCGACAAACACAGAAAACUGAAUGACGGACUGAGGCGAUGCACGCCUCAGAAACAAACUGGAAGUGAUAUGAUUUUGGAGACUGGAAUAGUCACACUAAACAAACCCCAGGGAUACACAGCAAGAAGAGCAAUGAAGGAAAACAAACAAAAGCCAACUUCAAUGUCAUUUUCUAGAUCUCCAUAGCGUCUGUUGUUUUCGCCCUGUGAUGUGGGGGGGCAGGACACGAGUCUCUCUCUCUCCACUGGUUGAGAUGUAACUCACGCACACACAAUGUGUGAGGGGUCAGGGGUCAACAUAGCACUGGGGCAGCGUUUGCGCAAAGGGAGCAUCUCGAUGAAGAGGAGCUGCAAUGCGGGAUCGCAUUGUGACGGCCAGUUCUCCCAACACGACCGGCUCGGUCCAAAGCCCUCAGUGGGACCCUCGUCUGCUGAACUGAGUAGAGAUGAAAACAAGAAUGGAGGGAUACUGAAAAAUACGCAUUUCCCUUCUUUAACGUAAGUGAUGAAGGAAGAAAGCAGAAUCGUGCUUUAUGCCGAAGACGGACAUUAACACAAAAAUUAUUGUUAAAGAAAUAUCUGACCAGGAAGCGUUCUGUCUGUCAGAAAAACAGGAACAACAAAUGUGUAACUUACUGAAAACUGACGUGUGGGAGGGGGGUUCAUAACAUUAUUACUUCUGAUAAAAUAUAGAUUAAUAUAAGAGCUAUAAAAAUGGGUUUCUUGAUCUAACACAGUGAAACACUAACUGAAUUGCAUCAAAGCAGCUCUAACCAAUCUCCAUUUUUCACCAUGUCUUCUUGUCCAACCCAUGCAGCUUCACAACGACGUCUCUUGGCAGUCUGCCAUUUAAUGUCAGUAUGUGUAUUUAUCCCCCUGGCAAGUGUUUUAUUGUGGUGAUUUUGCAGAGUUGGAAGUCGGGGCUUUCUCAGGCUUGACGCUGCGCAGAGAUGAUCUCCUUAAGAAAAGGUUGAUGGGCCAAAUCGUUGAUGAUUUAAAAAUGGCACACAUGGGAGAUAUGUCCAACAGAUUGUGGAUACAAGGACAAGAGAGUAUGAAGCUGCAGUCUCCUGAGCGGGCAGGAGAGGGCAGCAGAGGGUCGGACAGAUUUGGUAGUUAGAUCAAGAGCAGGACAGAAAUCCUCUCAGAGCUUCUUAAAGAGUGAUCCCCGGGGCUCUGUAACUCACCCAAAAGUAUCACUCCUCUGCAGGUUGUGCAGUAACCACUUUGCAAGGACAGAUGGUGUGUGUGUGUGUUGUACAGAGAGUAGGUGGUGCAUAAAGUUUUGUGACUGCAACCAUACAUAGCAAUGCAUGCAGCUGCCUUUGUGUCAUUGCAACCUUUAAACUACAGUAUUAGUUGUGUGUGUUAUAACAUGAUCAUUUGACAGAUUUAUCAUUUACAGACUUUCGCAGUUCAGUUUUGUUUUUCACACGGAUAUAUUUCUUUAUUUCUGCAGAGUGAAAAACAAUUUUUUCACACUUUAAGUGCAAAGAAAAGCAUGUUGACAUGCUGAUAAAAAACGAACUACUUCUGAAUUGAGACAUUGUGCGCAUGUGUGUUGUGACUACUGAGCACAGUAGAGUUUUGUUUAUCCCACUAAGGGCUACAACUUGGCAGGUUCAUUACUGACUCAUUCUUGUGCUUCACUCGUCUUGUGGCAUCGACCCAGAAUAAGGUUUAUUUUAUUUGACUGACUUUGAGAGCACAAGUUCAAGUUUCACAUUGUUAUUAUUAUUUUUUUUUUCUUACCGUUCAGCUCAGCUAUCAGGUUCAAUUAAAUGUUUAAUUGCGUGUGUGCGUGUCUGUGUCUGUGUGUCUGUGUGUGUCAUUGACGAUAAGCUCUCAGGCUGUGAUUGGUCACGUGUUGUCGUUGUGAGAGCCGGCAAAUGAAGAUGAUAUUUUAAGUCGGUAGCACAGUGAAGAUGCCAAACAGAUGGAGACAAAUGGGAGUUGUCUUCUAUUGUCUAGUAAACAAGCACAGCCCCUCACACACACACAUCCCUGUCUCCCUGCCACUUUGUGAUAUGGUUUGACAACAUCGUUAAAUGAAAGAUCAAAUAAUGUUGUUAUUUGUCAUCCAGUUGUUGCCUCUGUGCACACGGCUGAAUCGUACAACGACAUGCAGCGAGACAUGCUCCUCAGUAGCAGCAUGUUGUGUGGAUUGCUUGAUUGAGAAACAAAUUGCAGCGUGCUGAUUGCUGGAUGGUCAUUUUGACAGCUGAAGUAAUAGCCAAUUCAAAGAUGGAUGACAUUAGAAUUAGAGCCAUUCAACCAUGAUGUUGAUAUUUUUUUAGGAUGCUGAGGAAGACACAGAAAGAGGUUGUGUGUUUGUACGCGUGUGUGUCGGCUUGUCUGUCCUCUGCUCUUACUCUCUCCAGGUUGGUCUCCCAUCAUCACAGGGGGGGAUGUGGUUGCCGUGGCAGCACCGCGUUGGCUCAACAUGCUCAGAGCAGCCUCUGUUCCUUUUAUUCCUGUCAGCAAACUGACUCACCCCUCCCAAUAAUGUAUUCAAAGCAGUGUUUUUUUUUUACUGUUUGAUGUUUGUUCUCUGUCCCUGUGGCCCAUGCUGCUGUGAAUAGGCUUAUAGAAAGCUGCUUUCUUUUUCAUUAUACAUAUUUUUGUGUCUUGGUUUGUAUUGUUGGCGCCAGGUGCCAUUGUGCACUCGCUCUCAGUCGCGGGCAGGUGUGCUCAGGCUGUCAGCUGUCGCCCGUUUCGGCCAUCUGUGAGAUAAAUAGUGACAGUGUUGAGAUGAAAGAGGAGAGAUGACAGGAAUGUUAAAGCACGUCUUUUUUUGUACGGUUGGCCAGUGUUUGUUUGUUGUGUACGCUGUGCUGUGGGCCAUCUGUGUUUAUUGUUUGAGAUGCUGGACAGUCUUGGCUUGUAAGUGAAUGAUUAUGUAAAAAAAGGAUUGAAUUUCACACAUGACUUAACACGUAAACAGAAUGUCAGAGAGUGCAGCACACAGAUAUCCACGUGUGGACUGCACAUGACGCUCAGAAAAAGUUGUGUUCAUCACAACUGCCACUAAAAUGCUCGUCUGAUUCGAGCUGUUGCUAUAGCAACAUAUACAUUUUCUGAGUCUCGUGCCAAAUUGGCACUGAUUUUCCCCUAACAUCGUUCAGUGGCAGAUAUUGUCAAAGACGUUUUGAAUUGGACAGCGUUUCAGGCUCAGGGUUUGGAGCAGCAUUGUGAGGCGGCUCAGUCGGUCUCUCUCCUUUGACUCUGUUGGUUUUUGUCUGAACCGCCUACGUUUGUCUCAUCAUCUGCACUUAUGUGUGGUGUCGAUGUUGGAUGAUCUCAAGCGUCUGUCUGGGAGGGCAUUCGCUGCUGGCUUUCCCGUCUCAGCUGCCAUGUCCUGCCUCUGACUAACAUAAGGGUUGGAUGUAAGUGUUUGUUUGAAAAAGUGUUAGCCUUCGUGUCAUUAACUUCUGUUCAUUGCUUAGAAACACAGGGCUUUGGCAAUUAGGCAGUGACAUUAAUUAACUAAGCCUUGUUUAUCUGUCUUCAGCAUAACCUGUAAAUAGUUGUUUUAAAAAUUUAAAAAGAGAGUAUCUCUUGAACUAAAUGCACUCUUGUUCCUCCGACUCAAAACUUUUAUUUAUUUAAGCAGAAAUUAUAAAGCUUUGGGGAAAUGAUAGAGUACACCGCUGGAGCCACCUUCGAUCACUGAUUCUGUGCAGGGCACCGGCUGUACAAAGGAUUAGCAAAGUAAACAAUAAAACAAGCUGUUUAAAGAUGUUCAAUAACACCUGAUUCAGAACUAGGCUACAAAAUGGAGAGUUUUAUAUCUAAAAACACACAUGAAGGUUUACUAACCGAUGUAAAACAGAAAAAAAAAGUUUGAAAAUGUUGUGUAGAGUAAUAAAUUGUAACAAUAUUUUAAAUAAAGUUAUAUAUUGGGAAAGAAAA